AUGGAAGAACUCGACAAGAACGCCACUCCGGGUUCUGGGCUGCCCCUGGCCUUUUACGGCACGGUAAUCCAUUGCCGAAGUCUGGAUGACCUCGAGAUUCUAGAGAAUUGCAUUAUGAUUGUGGGAACAGAUGGUAGGAUUCAGGCACUACAGGCAGGUGUGAAAUCGGAUCGGAUCAACUCCAUUCUCUCAGAAAAUGGCCAUGUGCCCGACGUCUUUCCAGUGAAAUACCUCAAGCGGGGGGAAUUCCUGUGCCCCGGCUUUGUUGAUACCCACAACCAUGCACCCCAGUGGGCACAACGUGGUGUCGGGAGAGGGAUUUCCUUGCUUGACUGGUUGAAUAAAGUAACUUUUGCCCACGAGGCCAAGUUUCAAGAUCCAGAAUAUGCUAAACGCAUGUACGCCUCUUGCGUGACGGGCUUCUUGCAACAAGGCAUUACCACCGCAUCAUAUUACGGCUCGCACCAUGGCCAGGCAACUCGAAUUCUGGCCGACGUGUGCUUUGAAAAAGGACAGCGCGCUCUGAUCGGCAAAUGUAACAUGAAUCGGAAUGCCCCGGACUGGUAUCGGGAUCCAUCGGUGUCCGACUCGCUGCACGAAACGCGUGAGCUCAUUCACCAUGUUCAGCAACUUGAUCCAGAAUAUCGUCUGGUGAAACCAAUACUGACGCCACGCUUUGCGAUAUCUUGUGAGCCGGAAUUGCUUGAUGGGCUUGGUGCUAUUGCUCAUGAACAUCCCGACCUCCCAAUACAAACACACUUCAACGAAGCAAAGCAGGAGAUCGAAUUCACGCGUCAGCUCUUUCCGGAGUUUGACACGGAAGCUGAUCUCUAUCAGCGAUAUGGUCUCUUGAAUAAUCGAUCCAUUCUUGCCCACUGUAUCUUCCUGCAAGAAGGAGAGAUGCGCCGCAUCCAGGAGCUUGGUUGUGGGGUUGCCCACUGCCCAAUCGCCAAUACCACUAUGCAAGAUUUUAUGGUCGCACCCGUGCGCGAGUAUCUGCGCCGCGGUAUCAAGGUAGGCCUGGGCACUGAUAGUGGUGGUGGCUACUCGUCAUCUAUACUGGAUGCCAUGAAGCAGGCAUUCAUUGUGUCGAAUGCGCAGCAGAUGUUGACCCAAGGACGGGACUCCGCUCUUUCUUUACACGAGGGCUUCUUUCUUGCAACCCUGGGGGGUGCGCAAGUGUGUGGACUCGAUGACCGAGUUGGUAACUUUGCAGUUGGAAAAGAGUUUGAUGCACUCGAAAUCCAUACCACGGAUCUUGGACAACCAGGAGUGAUGAGCCCCAUCGAAGACGAAGAUACCACCCACGUGAUAUUCGAGAAGUUUCUGAUGACUGGGGAUGAUCGGAAUAUUGUUAAGGUCUAUGUAGGCGGACGCUCGGUCAAAAUUUGA